AUGGGGGACACGUUCAUCAGGCACAUAGAGCUGCUGGGCUACGAGAAGAGGUUUUUCCCCAGCCAACAUUAUGUAACCCCAAAGUGGUUCGACGGGCAGCGGUCGACGCAGAACAGGCAGGGCACGCUGGCCGAGUACUGCUACGGGCUGGUGAACCUGCCGCACAAGAUCUCGCGCUGCGGGCACGUCGUGAGCUUCUUCAGGGUGCGGCCGGACGACACGAGCCCCGUCACGGACAGCCAGAUCAAGAAGCCUGAGGUGUUUCUCCUGCCAAAGGACUCCAAGAAAAACCCCACUGACAUCACGGGUCCCAUUGUCCUGCAAACAUACCGGGUGAUUGCUGACUACGAGAAGAGCUCCAGGUCCGAGAUGGCUCUGAAAACGGGGGAGAUGGUGGACGUCGUGGAGAAGAGCGAGAGCGGCUGGUGGUUUUGCCAGUUAAAGAAUAAGCGGGGCUGGGUGCCAGCUGCCUAUCUGGAGCCCAUGGAUGGUCCUGAUGAAUCUGAAGAGCAGGAGCCCAACUAUGCAGGGGAGCUCUACAUCGUGCAGAAGAGCUACACAGCCAGCGAGGAGGACGAGCUGACUCUCAAGGAGGGUGAUACUAUAGAAGUCAUCCACAAGCUACUUGAUGGCUGGUGGGUCAUCAGGAAGAAUGAAGCCACGGGUUUCUACCCCUCCAUGUACCUACAGAAAUCUGGGGAGGAGAACAGCCCUGUGAAGAGUGAGCUGAGGAACCGCAGCGCUCCUCCGCGGAGAUCCACUAUUCGCAACGUGAGGAGCAUCCACAAGCAGAGCCGCAAGCAGAUCAGCCAGGAGACCUACAGGCGCAACAGCAGGAAGUACAUCCAGAGCCGGAGAAAUAUGAAGGGCAAUUUCAAGGAAAAGGCCAAUGUUAUCCUUGAGAAAAAUGAGCAGGAAGAAAACAGGUCCAAGGCUCAACCUGCUGUUCCUCCCCGGCCCAGCAAAGACCUCAUCAUGAACCGCUGCACAGAGAGCACCAGGAGGAAGAUCCUGUGAGGCUCCCCCACGCUGAGCAAGUAGACGCUUU